AUUGAAAAGAAUCAUGAAGUUCUUGAUAUUGGGUGUGGUUGGGGAAGCAUGGCUAUUGAAGUUGUCAAAAGAACUGGAUGUAAGUACACAGGCAUUACUUUAUCAGAGAAACAAUUGGAAGUAGCACAAAAGAAAGUGAGAGAUGUUGGCCUUCAGAUUCCAGUCAUCCAUGGCGACUCACGCUUCUUCAGCUUCCAACUCUGUUCCUGCUCAUGUCACCACAAAUGCCUCUGGUUCUCGUCUCGUUGCCUCUCCCUUCACUUCCACACUCAACUCGAUCGUCUCUGUCAAACUCGAUCGAGUCAACUACAUCUCUUGGCGUGCCCAACUGGUUCCGGCGAUUCGUGGCUACGAUCUUCAGGGAUACGUCUUUGGUACUACUCCUCCACCACCCGAAACAGUCCAAAUCACAGAUGAGAAUGGCGAACAGAUUCUCAUCCCUAAUCCAGAACUCACGGCAUGGAAUCGCGAAGAUCAGCUUCUCCUCAGCUGGAUUCUUUCUACGCUGACUCCGCCGAUCCUCAGCCAAGUUGUUCGUUGCCGUACCAGUCACGAAGUUUGGAGAGCUCUUGAGACACUAUUUUCGUCACGAAGCAGGGCACGGAUCAUGGAUCUGAAGAAUCAACUUCAAUCGUUUAGGAAAGGAGCCUUAACGAUUUCGGAAUACUGCGCUCGCAUGGAAAGCAUCUCCGACACUCUGCUUCUUGCAGAUGCUUGCGUACCAGAAGACGAUCUGAUCAUGAGUAUCCUCAAUGGCCUCCCAGCUGAAUAUGAUGGAGUCAUCAACAGCAUCCUUAGUCAAGGAAACAUGAAUGUUCAAGAAGUUCAGUCUCUCCUGUUGAGUCAAGAAAAUAGACUCCAUCGCUGGCACACCACUACUAUAAUCGAGGUUCCUCCUUCGGCCAAUCAUGCUCAGAUCAGUCAUCGAGGCCGUGGCUCCAACUCAAAUAGGAGUCGUGGAGCUCACAGAGGCCGUGGACGCGCUCGCGGAUCUUCAAAAGGCACUGGAUCUAAGAUCGUUUGCCAGAUCUGCACCAAACCAGGCCAUAGUGCUGUUGAUUGUUGGUAUCGUCAUGAAGAGGACUCUACUCCUCCCUCUCAGCCAUCAAAUGGAGACAAUACCAACACCAAGGCUGCCUUCCUUGCUACACCAGAAACUGUUAUCGAUCCAGCUUGGUAUGCGGAUACUGGGGCUACAGAUCACAUCACAGCUGAUGUCAACAAUCUCAAUCUUCACAAUGACUAUCACGGUUCUGAGAAACUCAUGGUAGCUAAUGGUGAGCUUCUUCCUAUAUCUCAUACUGGCACUGUAUUCUUGAACUCGUCCCCUCACAAUACACCUAUUACUUUACAUGAUGUUUUGUGUGUUCCUAAUAUCAAGAAAAGCUUAAUAAGCAUUUCUAGACUUACUGCAGAUAAUAACAUUUUUGUUGAAUUUCAUUCUAAUGUCUGCUAUAUCAAGGACGAAGUGACAGGUCAGCCUCUGGUGGAAGGACAGCUUAAGGAUGGGCUCUACACUCUCUAUCCCAGUCAAGAUAACCCUCCCUAUACUAAGUCAUCUAAGGUUCAAUCCGUCAACUGUGUUUCAGCUACUAGUCAAAGUCGUCAACCUAGUUUGUCUCAAUGUUUUAGUACUGUUCGUACCAAUUUCUGUAAGUGGCACCAGCGUUUGGGUCACCCUAGUAGUAAGGUUGUUACUCAGUUAAUCCAUGUACUCCCUGGUUGUAAUACAAAAAUGAAUAAAGCUGAAUUUUGUUCUUCUUGUGCCUAUGGUAAAAGCCAUGUUCAACCAUUUAAACUUGCAGAGACUAAAACUACUCACCCUCUCCAUCUUAUUCACUCGGAUCUAUGGGGUCCUUCCCCUAUUUUAUCCAAGUCUGGCUAUAGAUAUUAUGUUACAUUCCUUGAUGACUAUACCCGGUACACAUGGAUUUUUCCAUUACGCACCAAAGAUGAGACCCUAUCUGUGUUUCAAAAUUUUCAAAAACAAGUUGAAAAGUAUUUUUGUCAGUCUAUUAAGUUGUUUCAAAGUGAUUGGGGUGGGGAGUAUAGGCCGUUCUCUAAACUUCUCCUUUCUAAAGGAAUCUUACACCGCAAACCAUGUCCCCACAUCCAUCAACAAAAUGGUAGAAUUGAACGUAAACAUCGCCAUAUUGUCGAAAGUGGUCUUACACUUCUCGCACAAGCCGCAAUGCCACUUCAUUUUUGGUGGGAGGCAUUUCUCACAGCCACAUACCUUCUAAAUCGAAUGCCAACACCUGUUUUGAAAGGUAAAAGUCCCUUUCAAUGUUUGUUCAAUUCUACUCCCGACUACACCUUCUUACGAGUUUUUGGUUGUGCGUGUUAUCCUCACCUACGGCCAUAUAACUCACAAAAACUUCAAUUUCGUUCCACGAAAUGCUUGUUUAUUGGGUAUAGUCCUGAACAUAAAGGCUAUUGUUGCCUUCAUCCAUCUGGCCGAACUUACAUCACACGUAAUUGUCUCUUUGAUGAGAAUGAGUUUCCCUACUCAACACUCUUUCCUGAGUCAACCAACUCUAGUACAGACGGUUUCGAGUAUAACAAUGGUUUCACCUACACUCCUUUUGUAUAUGAGUCUAUUGUCAACUCUAGAGUCAACUCUGAGCCCACUCCAGCAGCUGCUCCUUCCACACAACAUCCUACUCCAGCAGUUCCCCUUCAGACACAGCAAUGUCAUGAUAAUCAUGCUUCAGCAAGGCCUAUACCAGCUGCUAUAAUGGCACAUAUACCGACUGUAACUACUUCAGAUUCAUCUCCAACAGCAGCUCAUUCCAAUGAGUCUCUUCCUACUGUUUCUACUGCUGUUUCGAAUGACUCAACGCAGCCUACUGCUAUGGCCAAUGUUGUACCUGCUGCUGGUGUUGUUUCUGGUGCUCCUACAGCUGCAACAACAGCUGCUGUUCCCUCCCAUUAUCGGCCAGCAGCUGCUUCUAUCCAUGGUAUGCAAACUCGUGUUAAAUCUGGUAUUAUUAAGCCUCGUGUUCUUGCAGCCACAAAGCAUCCAUUUGUUGUUAACAGAGGCAAGUCUGAACCUACUAGUGUCGCUCAAGCGUUACUUGAUCCGAAGUGGAACUCAGCUAUGAAUAAGGAGUUUCGGGCCUUAGUUCGUAAUCAUACUUGGGAUUUGGUGCCUCCCGAUUCUCUUUACAAUGUUGUUGGAAACAAAUGGGUGUUCAAAGAGAAACUCAAUGCCGAUGGGACUGUUCAAAGACAAAAAGCACGCUUAGUGGCCAAGGGAUUUCAUCAAACUCCGGGUCUUGAUUUUUCUGAGACAUAUAGUCCCGUCAUUAAACCAGCAACUGUGCGUAUUUUCAUCGCUGUAGCUGUCCAUUUCGGCUGGGACAUUCAACAACUUGAUGUUGAUAAUGCCUUUCUCAAUGGCAUCUUAAAAGAGACGGUAUAUAUGACACAACCUGAAGGUUUUGUUGACCCCCAAUAUCCUCAUUAUGUUUGCCACUUAAAGAAGGCUCUUUACGGUCUUAAACAGGCACCUCGGGCCUGGUUUGAAAGGCUCAACACCUCUCUUUUGCAGUGGGGAUUUACACCUUCCAAAGCUGAUGUUUCUUUGUUCAUUUAUCACAAGAACUCUCAGCUAAUUUUUCUUCUUGUUUACGUGGACGAUAUCCUUGUAACUGGCUCACAUCUGUCUCUGAUUUCCAAGCUUGUGGCUGACUUGAAUCAUACGUUUGCUCUCAAACAACUUGGUUCACUUCAUUAUUUUUUGGGCAUUGAGGCUUAUAGAGAUUCAACUGGCAUCUAUCUCUCUCAAUCCAAGUAUGUGGCUGAUCUUCUCAACAGGCUUAAACUAACAGGAACCAAGCCUUGUUCGACACCUGCUGCACCUCGGCAAACCUUGUCUCGCAGUGAGGGGGAACCAAUGGAUGAUCCUAGUUUGUAUCGCAGUACAAUCGGUGCUCUUCAAUACUUAACUCUCACUAGACCCGAUAUUGCUUAUAUUGUGUCUAAGCUUAGCCAGUUUCUUCAUUGUCCCACUACAACACACUGGCAAGCAUGUAAGCGGGUUCUUAAAUAUCUAAAGGGUACUGCCACACAUGGAGUUAGCUUCAAAAGAGGAUCAUCUCGAACGCUGGCACUGCAAGGUUUUUCCGAUGCAGAUUGGGCUAGUUGCCCAGAUGACAGAAGGUCCACGGGUGCCUACUGUGUGUAUCUUGGUUCAAGCUUGGUAUCUUGGAGUUCUAAAAAACAAACGGUGGUAGCAAGGUCCAGCACCGAAUCGGAAUACAGGGCUCUUGCCCAUGUCACAGCUGAGAUAAUGUGGCUCAAAGCUCUUAUUCAAGAGAUGCAUAUACCGGUUCACAACACACCAAUUAUCUGGUGUGACAACUUGGGUGCUGCAUCUUUAGCUGCCAACCCAGUGCACCACGCACGAACUAAACACAUUGAAAUAGAUGUGCAUUUUGUUCGUGACAUGGUUCUGCAGAAGCUCAUAGACAUUCGGUAUGUUCCAACACUUGAGCAAAUUGCUGAUGUUCUGACCAAAGGUGUUUCAGUUGCUCGGUUUCUCAGGUUCAAAGACAAGCUUCAAGUUGUUGAUUCCCCUUUUCGCUUGAGGGGGAAUGUUGAGAAACCGUUAGAAACCAGCUCAGAAGGAGAGAGUUGCAGCAGAGUUAGUUAGAUUGUUAGCAAUUAGUUAUAACCAUUUGCAUUCUGUUAUUUCCUUCAGUUGCUUAUUUUUCUUCUGUUUACUCUGCUAUAAAUACCUCUGUAUUGUAACUCUUUCCAUU